GAACGUUGUAACCUACCUGUUACUAAACUGUAACUACAGGUGAGGAAAAGUUGUCUAUUUGCUUCAGUUAAUUUGUUUACAAUAGUGCAAAUAAGACUGACCAUCUAGCAGACAAGUGAGAGAUGGCGCUACUACGUAAUGGUGUCUAAAGGCGGGUUAUCGUCUGGUAGCGGAUCUAGUCUAGAACCGUCUGACGACUCCGAUAUUCCGGAUUCUCGUUUGGAUAAUCUCGUUGACGAUAUAAUUGGUCGACUGUCUUUAUACACAACCUGCAAACAGUCUGAAAUGACCAUAAAGAAUAGAAAGGAUAGACUAAAAUCUGAGAGAGACCCUCCGGGAACUUCUACGAAUAGUCGACACAGCUUCAGCUAUAAACCAUACCCUUACAAUGAAGAACGCAAAGAUAUCCUCUCUCAUCGUAAUAGGCACAUCUGUCCCCACCACGAGCCUAACAUAAGUCAAGAUAUUGAAGCUCCUCACUCACCUCUGACCUACCCAUAUCCUAUUGAUACAUCCAUUUUUCCGUCACACGGGGCCUUCACCCAUUCUCAGCGUUUACUAUCCCAGCAGCAUGAGUCCCUUAACACUAGCGAUUGCAGACCACAUGUACGGGAAAGCAAACCAAACCAAGUCAUACCUCAACCCACUGUGAUAGAUGAUGGCUCAGGCAACAAUAGCGAGGAUGAGUACUAUUUCGGAAAGCAAGGACGAAGGGGUUCACCCGCCCAGCCUGCAGAUGAUUGUCUUGAACGGUUACUUGCAGAAAAGAAAGGAUGGAAGUUAAUUAAAGUAGGAUCUGAUGGUGCAUGUCUGUUCCGUAGUGUUUCUCAUCAAAUUUUCGGUGAUGAAGAGAAGCACGAUCUUGUACGUUCACAGGUCAUAGAUUACAUGGUAAAAAACAAAGAGCACUUUUCACAGUAUCUGACAGAAGACUUCGACCAUUAUAUAUCACGCAAGAGAGAUGCUUCGUGUUAUGGAAAUCAUGUGGAGAUCCAGGCUAUCGCAGAACUAUACAACCGACCUGUAGAAAUAUAUCAUGGCUCAGUAGAGCCCAUCAAUGUUUUUCAUGCUGACUAUUCCAAGGAAUUUCCCAUUAGACUGAGCUAUCAUGGCCGUGUACACUAUAAUUCCAUAGUGGAUCCUUUUAACCCGUCAUUUGGUCAUGGUCUAGGGAUGCCCAACUACCAACCUGGAUUGGCUGAACCAGACCUUAUUGCACGCGCAAUCAGGGAAUCUGAAUGUACCCAGCUUGAAGAAGCUAUGCUUCGUGAUAAAUUGGCCGAGACAGAACAGGACGCAAUUAAUCGAUGCAUUGAAGACCAAGCUGUCAGGGAAUCUUAUUUCGAUUAUUUAAACCAAAUCUCAAUACCGAAAGUCAAGGAUUCAGCUAACUCUCUUCCUUCUAAAUCCGACCAUAUGAACGUUCUUGGUGACCAACAAACAGUAACACUGACCUCUGAACUCCCGGCAUGUUUAGCAAGGAAUUUUGACGUGGCAUCUUCCUCAAAAGUUUCAGUUCCCGAUUCAAAGCUAUCUGCGAACAGCAAUCCAGUAAAUGAACCACUGCCUAGUUCAUCUCAUUCUCAAACUGAUAUGGGUGUGCGUCAUAUCCCACCCUGUAUGCUAGGAAUGGAAGAAGACGGUUUGGUUGCUAUGGUCAUGGAACAGUCCAGACGUGAGUAUCUCGAAAGUCUGCGUAAUAAGCAGAAGUCUCGUUUUACUACUGGUCGCUUUUCACCAGAAUCAGCUUCAAAUCACAAUGAAUGUCAGUCUUUUCAGAAAAUUGACAGAGAAUCGCCUUCUGAUACGUCUAAUAACAAAUCAGACUAAAUCCAUGAUAACCCUGCUAAUUCAAAUGCCAACUACUAGAUAGUUUUUCUUAAAAGUAAAUUAAAUGGUUGAUUCAAAUACUGAGUGUGCCUUUCAGCUUUCAGUGAAUUCAAUACCAUAAUUACUUGUGAUGUAUAGACGACUGUCUUUCUCUUGUUUACAUGAUAAUGACUUCUGCGAAUAAACCACCCAAGCAACCUAUACUCUGUACUUCCACUGCUGACCUAGGUUUAUUUGUACUAAAAAUGUGUCCCUUUAGUUGCUUCCGCAACAUAACUGUACCUUGUAAUUAUAAGCUUUUGUUUAAAUCAAAAUUCUUGUGUUGAUUUUUGAUCUUCAUUCCUUCUAAAGCUUACUGCGAUAAAAUUAUUUAUGUACUUUAAGGUUCUGUCAGAACUUGUGGUUCACACUACUAUACUAGAUUUUUCUUAAGCUGGGUAACAACAUCCUUAUUUAUGUAGCCACCUGUUAGAUUUAAAACGUUGAUUUAAUAAUUUAAAAGAUGGUUCGGUUCAUUUUCAUUUAAUUUUGUUUAAGUUGUUCCCUUGUCAUCAAUGUUUUCCUGCUGUUCUUAACGUUGUAUAUAAUAACAUUAAUGCAACUGAAACACUGUUCCGUUUGGUGAUAUACUUUGUACUUAUUUUAAUUUCUAGUUGUUUGAAUUCUGCCGGGUCCUGAUCACUUGUCCAGUAGUUUUUUAAUAGAGUUUACUGAUGUAAAUAGCCAAUUUUAUGUAGCUGCAAAUAAAUAGGAAUAGUAUCAAA